GCGAGUUGUCGAUUAUCUGAAGUUCCGGUAGUGCGGCGGGAAGGAGCACGAGAAUUGGCGUUCACUUUAAAGAAAUCUGGCCUCCUGUCCAAGCAUGACAAAAGGUCGCAUUGAACUAGGGGACAUAACCCCACACAACAUCAAGCAGCUCAAACGAUUGAACCAAGUAGUGUUUCCCGUCACCUACAAUGACAAGUUCUACAAGGAUGUCCUAGAAGUGGGGGAACUUGCAAAACUUGCCUAUUACAAUGACAUAGUUAUAGGAGCAGUGUGUUGUCGGAUCGACACGUCCGAGAACCAGCGAAGACUUUACAUAAUGACCCUGGGCUGUCGCGCUUACAGGAGACUGGGCAUAGGGACGGUCAUGCUGCAGCAUGUUCUCAGGAUAUGUGACAAAGAUGCAAACUUUGACAAUGUAUUUCUACAUGUACAAAUAAACAACGAUGGUGCGAUUAGAUUCUACUAAAAGUUUGGGUUUGAAAUUGUGGAAGAAAAACAAAACUAUUACAAGCGAAUAGAGCCAGCGGACGCCUAUGUGUUACAGAAGUCCUUUCGUGUAACGAACAACAACAAUCAGCCAGCUAGUGAGGAGACGACGUCCAAUAACACAGAUAUGAUGGAGUCCUGAAUAUAUUCACCAUGGAUCAUGACGACACUUGAAUUCCUGAUGUUACAAAGACAUUUUUUGAAUGUGAGAAUAUAGAUUUGAAGUGCUUUAAACUUACUAGUUCUUCAACAGAACAAAGCUGUUGGUCUUGUAGUCCUUUGUUACGAAGUUCCAAAA